CUGGGGUCUCUCGAUAUAAGUCGCUGCCAGCUGCAGCCUUGUUGGGUCGACAUGCGAUAUAAAGCCAUAGAAUAACCACUCUGUAUUCUCAUAAACGCUACCACGGCACUGAACAUUUGUCUAAGCCGAUGUAUCCUCCCUCAUCUCGUUUUAGUCGACUAUCUCUCGAGAGCAUGUCUCCAGAAACCCGCUCUCGCACCAGGGCUCAAUCCCUAGGCCGGAAAACCGAGCAAUCUCACCACGAUGAAUCAUCUUCAGACUCUGAUACAAGCUCAGAUAGCUCUGGCUAUGUAGAUUACAGUUCAGAAUUGGACGAUGAUGAUGAGCCCUCUGCUAUCCGAUCCCCAACCAAACUCACAUAUCUCGUCGGCCAUCUCCCUGAGGAGACCCAGUCAAUCGUCCGCGAUACCUUCAAAGAGCCCCCAAAGAUCGCCCUAGAAAAGUGCCGUCGCAUAGACGAUACAUAUGCGUUCCAAAUGACAGAGCUUGUCACGCGCUCUGUGCGGAUCCGCGCGCCACAAGACGGCACUUCCAAUCUCAGCUGCUCAUGUCGAGAUGACGGACAGCCUUGCCAGCACCUCCUUUGGCUAUUAGAUCAGAUCGUCAAACAAACUCUGUACGAAACUGAUCUCAGCAAGCCUCUCAGGAUGAACCCAGUAGGCUAUGCUGAGGAGAUGGGCGAAGUUUUCCAAAAUAUAUCUAAUUUUCGUCUCGAUGUACUGGCGGAGGGACUUCACUGCCAUCUCGUCACCCCGGACUCAGAAUACAACAACGAGCCUGACGCUUUCCGCGCCCAGGAAGCUCGAGAAAUGCUUUCCUCUGUCUAUAAAAUGGACCCAGGGGACUUUCGACCAGAUAUCUUUGAAAAGGUUUCUCAUAGCAGGAAGAUCAUCAAACGCAACGACCUGGAACAAACCAUAUCUCGUAUGCUUCUAGAUAACCAUCACUUCUUUCACUAUUUCCGCUCUCUAUCUCGCCCACAAGACCCUAUAAAGGACGUAUUCUACAAACUUACUCAGCGCAUUAACCGCGUUGUUCGAGAUCUCGACACCCCAGGCCAAACUUCAGACCCUGAUCCCCCCCGAGAUGUCAUAUGGGCAGCUUCACAUAUUCUAGGCUGCGUUCGUCGGAUGCGCCACGAUAUUUAUUCCCGCGAAAGCCCUAUUUCAGCAAGAGAAGCCCUAUCAGCAGCUCGUAGCCUUGUGCACAUUCUGGACUUGGUGGUAUCUCGCAAUACAGACCAUGGUCCAAUAGAUGCACCCCGCAUCGACCGAAACCUCUACCUACGGCUAAUUGGAGAUCGAGAUCAAGACUUCAUUCUUAACGUCCUUAAUCUGAUCCCCGAAGCUGCGAGCCAGUUCCUACAUAACCUCGAGGAAGUUCUCGGCAAGAUUGAGAUUUAUGGAGCGCCAGCUGGCUAUGUACAACGAUUUAGGGCAAUGCUGGGAAGACUGAGAACAUCGAGUACAGGAUCUGGAUUGAAGAGGUCUGUUCAGGGGCAAACGGGUGGUCGUAAGACAAGGAGAACCAGAUGAGACAUGGAGACUUGGGUGACUGGUGACAAUGUACAUCGAAAAUAAGCAUCGUUUAUUGAUAUGAAUAGCUUUACAAGCUGAAUACCAAAUAUCGAGAUUUGUGUAAUAUAAAAACUAACUAGGCCAUACUUAUGAAAUAGAAUUCAGUGUAUC